GCCUAUCAGUCGACUGCUACGGGGGAAGCCGACGGCGAAGAAGGCGCACGCGAACAACAGGCAGGACAAAUAGUGGGGAUUCCUAGCUUCGAUGGGAUGGAGCUAGGAUUGGGCGAGGAUUUCGAAUUUGCCGGAGGACACUAUAUCUUCGGGCCGGUGCAUGUGGUGGAGACGCUGGUGACGGUGGUGGUGAAGGACAUCAACGACAACGCCCCAACGUUCCCCAACAUGACCAUCUACGGAGAGGUGCAGGAGAACGGCCCCAUUCAUCUCGAAGUCGCCGUGGUGUCAGCCUGGGACGCUGACGACGAGGCAGAAGGCACUAACGCCCGCCUGACGUACUCCAUCGAGAAGAACGUGAUCGACGAGCGCACCGGCCAAGCGAUCUUCAUGGUGGAGCCUGACACGGGACUCGUCAAGACCGCCAUCUGUUGUCUGGACCGGGAAACGACGCCCGAGUAUCACAUUCAGGUGGUUGCCGUGGAUGGCGGAGGUCUUAAAGGCUCAGGUACAGUUGUGGUGCGCCUUGCUGACGUGAACGACAACGCCCCCCGGCUGACGCGGGAGCUGUGGGAGGCGGAGGUGGAGGAGACCUGGGGCGCCGGACCCCCGAGGGACGACACGCUGCUGGAGAUCACGACCGACGACAGGGACACGUCCAACUACUUCUUCUACCGGGUGGUGGAAGCGAGUGGUUGGGGUUGGGAUCACUUUGACAUCAGGACUGUUGGCACCUACGGGGAACUCUACGCCAUAAGGACACUUGAUUACGAAAAUCCUCUACACCGAAGGGGAUUCAAGUUCAUGGUACAGGUCACUGACAGGGGCCGAGGUGGAUGGGACGACGCCCGCCACACGGACACAGCCUGGGUGUUGAUACGACUAAGAGACGUGAACGACAAUCCUCCAGAAUUUCGUCGGUCGAGCGUGCAUAUUACAGUCCAGGAAGACACGGCGGUCGGGACGCUCCUAGCUUCCAUGCCCGCUGUGGAUCCAGACAUGGUCUUUCUUGAUUCCCUUUACUUUCUGUAUAACUGUCUCUUUCUGUUUAUUUGUUUAUUUUUCAGUCUAUAUCUCUCUCUGUUUGUCUGUGUCUAGA